AUGGCGCAUACCCAGGCCUCAAACGGGCUAUCCUCGACCCACGACCCAUCCCAUCCUACAACCGUAAAUCGCAAGAAGCAGAAGAGGAGGGCAAAGCAGCAGGCAAAGCUCAAUCAUGGCUCCGACGAGGCUUUCUCAGACCAGCACUCCCAUCUCAGUCAACCUCCGUCACUCCCUGAAGCCUUGUCGGACGAGGACCAAGACAAUGUGCAACUCAGCUAUUCAGCGCGGCCACCACCCGUCAAUGGCGCAAACUCAUAUCCAAGCAACGACGACUCGGUGGAACCUUCGCGCAGAAAGCGCAACAAGAAGAAGAAGCGCGGCGGCUCUAAUCACUCGGCAUAUCCUGACCAUCUACGCCCUGCUAUGCACCAAUCUCCUCUACCGCACUCCCUACCCAUGUCGACCGGCCCAUUAAGGUCUACUCAACGCUCCUCGAGGCAAGAUCGUAUUUGGAACACAUCGACCCAAGAAGAACGCGAGAGGAUUAAACAGUUCUGGCUGACGCUGAGCGAGGAGGAGCGCAAAUCCUUGCUCAAAAUCGAGAAGGAGGCUGUUCUACGUAAAAUGAAGGAGCAGCAAAAACACUCAUGCUCCUGUACCGUGUGUGGUCGUAAAAGAAUUGCUAUCGAGGAGGAGCUAGAGGUGCUUUAUGAUGCAUACUACGACGAACUUGAACAGUACGCCCAUCACCAAAGCGGCGAACCAGGACACGGCAUGCUACCACCUCCACGCAGUUUACCACCCCCACACCUUCAUCCUUCAUCCGCCGUACCGUUACCACUAAGCACUCAUCACCAACGAUCCCAUCAUCGAACGAGUCCAGUCCAAGAAAUCAUGGAUGACGAAGACGACGACCAAGAAGACGAGGGCGACGAAGUCGACAGUCAAGGUAUGAGUGAAGAGGAGGAAGAGGAAUACAGCGAUGAGGAAGAUUUAUACAGCGACGAAGAGGAUGAACCUGAAGACGUACCGCGAGGAAUAGGCAACGAUUUCUUCAAUUUUGGUAACAGUCUGACGGUCAAAGGUGGCAUUCUAACUGUAGCCGAUGAUUUGCUUAAGAACGAUGGCAAGAAGUUUAUCGAAAUGAUGGAACAACUAGCCGAGCGGAGGAUGCAGCGCGAACAAGAAGCAGAGUACCAGUCGGCACAACCCUCACACACCUACACAUCCAACGGACAUGAGCCGCCGCUCGACGACGAGGAAUAUGAUGAUGAGGAAUACGACGAGGAGGAGUAUGACGAGGACAGCCAGGAUGAAGAAGAAGAGGACGAGACGGUAACGCGGGAUAACUCCUGGGAAGUGGUCACGUGCGUCACUGACAAGGUACAGGGCGGCAUGACCGAGGAGCAACGCAUGGAAGAGGGCCGUCGCAUGUUCCAAAUCUUCGCCGCCCGCAUGUUCGAACAACGCGUGCUGACCGCCUACCGAGAAAAGGUCGCUGCCGAGCGUCAGCAGAAACUCCUGGAAGAACUGGAAGACGAAGACAAGAAGAAGGAGGAACGUGAAGCCAAGAAGGCAAGAGACGCCGAAAAGAAGAAGAACAAGAAACUGGCUCAGAAGCAAGCAAAGGCUGAGGAGAAGGCUAGGAAGGAUGCCGAGAAGGCAGCUGAAGAAGCCGCAGCUAAGGCCAUCGAGCAAGCAAAGCAAGAGGAGGCUAGGCAGAGGAGAGAGGAACAGCGCAAGAAGAAAGAGGCCGAGCGCAAGGCUCAAGAAGAGGAGCGACAACGUAAGGAGGCCGAACGCUUGAAACGCCAACAGGAAGAACGUGAGCGACAGCAGGAAGCCGAACGCAAACUUCGCGAGCAGAAGGCGCUUGAAAAGAAGCAGAAGGAAGAAGCUCGUCAGAAGGAACGCGAGGAACGAGAGGCGCGUGAAAAGGAGGCCAAGGAGAAGAAGGCUCAAGCAGAACGCGAAAGAAAGGAACGAGAUGCAAAGGCCAAAGCGGACAGAGAAGCAAGAAAUCAGCAAACGCCGCAGAUGUCCAAACGUCCUUCGCAAGCUGGCAUGGUCGCUGUACCUCCAGGUUUGCUUUCCAAGCAGGCUUCAUCAAACAUGUCUUCACCACAUGUUCCCGUGGCCACCCCUGCUUUGCCGAAGCCUUCUACUCCAGCACAACCGCGACAGAGCUCCUUCCAGGGCCAGAAUGCCACCUCGCCAAAGUCGCAACAAGGACCCGCCAUUGCUCCUACUAAAUCGACCUCUCCGGGAAGUGCUAUGAACCAAUCUAUGCCUCGAACGAUAUUCCAGAAACCACAGAAUCAGCAACCCUUUGCACAACACCAGCCCAUCUCGCCUGCUGGCCAACUGCCACCACCAAGCAUGUACCCACAGCAUCAGAAUAAUGGUUUCAGUGGUUUCCCAACAAGCAUGGCUGGAUUCCCAGGGUUUGGUGCUCCUCAUGGACCGAUGAUGCAUCAUCGUCCCUCGCUACCCGGUUUUUCUAAUGGGCCCUUUAGCAGUGGUCCCUUCCAGCCUGUGCAUUCAAACAACUCCAUGCCUACUCCUCCGCCUGGCAUGAGCGGACUUGGAGUCAUGACGCAGGGCCGAGGGUUCCCACUCGACAGUCCUCCCGGGUUCCAGCAACAGAUGCCACCUGUCGGAUCGCCGACUGCUCCACCUGGUUUCGGACCCGCACGCCAUAGUAUUGCGUCUCAUUCUCGCACUCACUCAUCAGACAAGAACACAUUCGACUCUGUCAGCUCACCUGCACCCAUCACCCGCCCAACACCUAUUCAGCGACCCUCGACUAUGAGGCCAAACAACUCUGAUGUGGACGAUCUGAGCAAGCAUCUCGGUAGUAGUGCGCUGCUUGAUGACACAGACGAUCCACUGCCCUCAGUGCCAGAAAGUCGCCGAGCUAGCGCUAUCACUGGUCCGCGUGGCUUUGGCUCGCCUGUUUUUUCACAGAACCAACCACGCAUGGACGUCUUCGGUGCUAACAGUAGUUGGACGUCUCCUUCGAUGUUUGGUGCUCCACCAGGCUUUUCUACACCUAGCUCCUCGUGGAAUCCUAAUGCAAGCAGUGGAUGGUCGUCCAUGCCUUUCGGCAGUUUGGGUCACCGACCCUCGGGUCCCAAUCGUCCUUUGACGAUUCGCAUAGCUGUAUGUAACGCAUGCAAGGCACUGUCAGCUCGGGAGCCUACACCUGAUAAUUAUCACUCUGUUGAAACUCUCCUACGUCAAAUUGAGAGUUCCAGAGUGAUGCUCGACAGCCCAAUCACGAUCAAGGAGAUUGAAGCCAUUUGCGAAACCGAAGGUGACGCCCAAAAUGGUGGCGGUUUCUUGCAUGCUCGUCACGAGGCUUCCACGCCUGGUGGCUUUGCAGUCAAGUUUGAGCCCGACGCCGGCACUCCUGGAUCCGGAAGGCAGUCUCACUCCCUGGGCCCGAUUAGCAGUCCUGUUCCCAGUCACUCCGUACCUGCCACAGGCUUCGGGGGCCCUACAGCAAUAGGAAGAGGUACAAGUUUCCAGAGCUUAGGCUCUGCCAUGGCAACUUCCGGCUCCUCGUAG